AUGACCAACCAAACCCACUUUAUCAAUGUACCGUUACCUCUGCUUCAGCCUUCCAGCCAUUCCUUUAACUGUUGCCUAGCUCAGUUUCACAGUCUGGAACAUUUUGCUACCACAGAUUACCUCUCCUCUUCUUCGUCUGAUUUCAUGUCUGCGCUCCCGAUAGGAGAGUACGAGGUUUUCCUAAGUUUCAGAGGCCCCGAUGUACGCACAACCUUCGCCGACCAUCUCUACAGUUGUCUGGCUCGUUCCAGAAUCAGAACGUUCAGGGAUGAGGAAGAGCUUCGUAAAGGGGAGACCAUUGCACCAUCUCUCAUUCAGGCUAUACGUGAAUCCAAGAUUCACAUACCAAUUCUAUCACAGAGUUAUGCUUCUAGCAGAUGGUGUCUCCAAGAGCUAGUUCAGAUGGUCAAGUGUCUGAAGAGAGAGAAGGGGCACGUCAUACUUCCCAUUUUCUAUUUUAUCGAUCCCAGAGAUGUGAGGCAUCAAGAAGGGCCUUUCAAAGAGGCAUUUGAGCUGCAUAGUCAGAAGUUUGAUCCGGAAACCAUACGGGAAUGGAAGGAUGUACUUCAAGAAGUUGGUCAAAUGAAAGGAUGGCACGUCACCGAGCUAGAUGGGCAGGGAGCAAUUGUUGACCAAGUCCUUCAUCAAGUUGAGCUACAUUUGAGAAGUAAUUACACAUUAGUGACGGAUGAGUUAGUGGGAAUAGAUUCGCAUGUCGAAGAAGUGAUGAAGUUACUCGAUGUGGACUUCAUAUCUAGGAAAAUUGUUGGCAUUCAUGGAAUGAGCGGUAUUGGCAAAACCACUAUAGCCAAAGCGGUGUAUAAUAAAGUAUGCUCAAGAUUUGAUCGUUGUUGCUUCUUAGAAAACGUCGGAGAUAUAUUAUCCAAAUAUAACGGUGCUGUAGAAUUGCAGAACAAGAUGAUCUCGAGCAUUCUAAGGCAAGAACAUAAGGUUGGAAAUACUAGUGAAGGGGUCUCAGUGAUAAAAGAUAGAGUUUGCAGGCUCAAAACUCUUAUUAUCCUUGACGAUGCAGAUGAGAGGUUCGAGUUUGAUCAAAUCCUCGGGAAAUUAUGUGAUUUUUCUUCGAAGAGUAGAUUUAUCAUCACCACUAGAAACACACGAGUUUUAAAGUUUCUUCAGGAAUAUAAAUUUUACGAACCUAGAGAAAUGAGUUAUGACAACGCCCUGAAAUUGUUUAGCAAAUUUGCCUUUGGUGGGGUGAACCAUCCUCCAGAAGAUCAGGUUGACAUAUCGAAGCAAUUUGUGAAACUCGCAGCUGGGCUCCCUUUGGCUCUUAAGGUGUUUGGAUCUCUAUUGUUUCGUGAACAUAAAAGGUUUUGGGAAGAAAAGUUGGCAGAAAUGAAAGCAAUACCCCCAACUAGUGAACAGGUGCAGAAGCGAUUGAAGAUAAGUUAUGACGAGUUGACCCGCAAUGAGAAGCAAAUCUUUCUUGACAUUGCUUGUUUUUUCUUGGGAGAGAAAAAAAGGUUACCUUUCUAUAUGUGGAGUAGUUGCAACAUCUAUCCGGAAAGUGGAAUCAGCACUCUCGUCCACAGAUCGUUGCUGAAAGUCGACGAGAAGAAGGGCUUUUGGAUGCAUGAUCGUAUUAGAGACCUUGGCAGGGCUAUUGUCAGGGAAGAAGAUAUCGAUCGUCGGGGCAACAGAAGCAGGAUAUGGUCCCAAGAGGAUGCCGUCGACAUUAUCCACAGUAGAGAGGGAACGGAUCGCGUGGAGAUGCUCAGGGUUGAGAUGGCAGAGGAUGCUACAUUCACAAGGAAAGAACUCAAGAAACUAUCCAGAUUGAGAUAUCUUGCAGUGAGGAAUGGAGGGCUAAGUGGUGACUUCGGCGAGAUUCUUCCCAAUGUACGGUGGCUUCAACUACACUAUGAUGGCCCAAUCCCCACAAACUUCAACACCAAGGAAGUGGUGAUUCUUGAUCUGGAGAAUUGCCAUGUAGAAGACAAUUGGACAGGCUGGAAGGCAGCACAUAAGCUGAAGGUGCUAAAUCUGAAGCCAUAUCAGGGCACCCUGAGUUGGAUUUCCUUGCUAACCAACCUUGCUGAGGUGAAACUAGUUGAUUGCAACAACUGCGUCACUCUGCCUCCUCUGGGAAAUUUGCCAUCCCUCGAGCGGCUCGAGCUAGUCGGCUUCCCUAGUGUGAGGAAAGUCGGACCCGAGUUCUUGGGGAUCGCGACGAGCUCCUCCUCGUCCUCCUCGUCAUCAUCAACCACGUUCGCAUUCCCAAAGCUGACACAUCUGACGAUGGACAGGUUCAGGGAAUGGAACGAAUGGGAGGAAUGGGAUUCGAACCACGAUCAUCGGGUCAUGCCCUGCAUCGCCGCGCUGUCGUUCGAUUACUGCAAGAGGUUGGCAAAGCUGCCGGACCAGCUAGUGCAGAAGAAGACUGUUUUGAGCCUGCAGAUAUGUGGCGGUGCUCUGAAUUUUGCCUAUGGGAACCCUGACGAUGGGUGGAGCGGAGAAGAAUGGGAGAAAGUGAAACACAUCCCUUCCACCGAUAUGGGGACAUGUGAUAUGUAUGAAUCUACGAUGCAUUACGACUCGUGGGAAGGGCAAGCCUACAAUGGAACCGGCUUUUGGCAGUGACGUACAAAAAAGGUGAGCAAUUUGCUCCUAGCAAACGCAGCGCGAAGCCAAAGUAACGUAGUCUAGUGGUGAAAUCACUGGACCAAUUGAGCUCUGGAUGUGAGAGGUCUUGCACGGAUGCAGGUGUGUUAAAAACAACAGCAACGGCAGCAGCAUCAUUUCUUUCGGUUCUCAAGCCGAUGAAUUUCUUGUGUUUGUUCUAAAUUAUUAUUAUUAUAAACGUUUGUUCUAAUUCC